UUGCCCUCUACUUGAGCUCCCUUCCCUCGAUACACACCCGCAUCAGCAUCCGCAUCGCCGCCGUAUCAAACCUAGCUCACUGAGCUUCAGUUAGCCAUCAUGUCGGACCACGAGGACAAUGCCGAGGGAUACUUCGAGGAGCAGUACGAUGACCCAGACGCAGCCAUGGACUACGACCCGGAUGCUGACUUCACCAUGGGCGAUCAGAAUGGCGCCGACCCAUCCACGGCCAACGCAGCUCAGAACGGCAUCGUAGAGAGCGGCGAUCCGGCAGCCUACGGUGCAGCUAGUGGAGAGGCAAACAAGGAGAGGAUCACCACGCCCUACAUGACCAAGUACGAGCGUGCCAGGAUCUUGGGAACGAGGGCGCUGCAGAUUAGUAUGAAUGCACCGGUCCUCGUCGCGACCGAGGGAGAGACGGAUCCUUUGCAGAUUGCCAUGAAGGAGCUGGCAGCAAGAAAGAUUCCCCUCAUCAUCAGGAGAUAUCUGCCAGACUCGUCCUUUGAGGACUGGUCCGUCCAGGAGCUCAUCCUCACAGAGUAGUAGUAGCCCCGACCCAAGCAUCAGCCGCGGCAUCCGUUUCGUCACCAUUCGCCUUUUGUCUUCAUAAUCCAUCCAGCCACUUCAGCACGCAAAGAGAGAUCACGACGACCACGACCACAACGACGAUGAUGUUCAGUCUGAUGCCCACUGGGUCGCAUUGCUCUCUGUGACGACUUGAUACAAUGCGCUGCCAGACUUCUGUCUUCCUCCCCCUUCUCACCGCUACAUCGCCGAGUAGUCAAUCUUGCUCUCGUGCUUCUUUGCCUCCUGCAGCUUACGACAUGCCCUCAUGAAGUCUUCCUGCAGCGUGUAGUCGCGGUCUUCUCGAAUAGCGAACAUGCCCGCUUCGGUCGCGACGUUGCGCAAGUCGGCGCCAUUGAAGCCGUCUGUUAGCUUGG